AUGGACGCUCGCGGCCACUGCGGGCUGAGCGGGAGGUCGGGACGGAAUCUCCCCGGUCAGCCCCUCAGCGUUGACGGGCGUCGCGGUGAGCCAAUGGGCACAAGGUCUUUACUGGGUGUAUUUGAAGAAGAUGCUACCGCUAUUUCCAAUUAUAUGAACCAGUUGUAUCAAGCUAUGCACCGGAUUUAUGAUGCACAGAAUGAAUUAAGUGCAGCAACACACCUGACAUCGAAACUUUUAAAAGAAUAUGAAAAACAGCGUUUCCCUUUGGGGGGUGAUGAUGAGGUCAUGAGCUCUACUCUUCAGCAGUUUGCAAAGGUUAUAGAUGAGCUUAGUUCUUGUCAUGCGGUACUUUCAACUCAGCUUGCUGAUGCCAUGAUGUUCCCCAUUUCCCAGUUUAAAGAAAGAGAUCUGAAAGAAAUACUGACACUAAAAGAGGUAUUUCAGAUUGCUAGUAAUGAUCAUGAUGCUGCAAUUAACAGAUAUAGUCGAUUGUCAAAAAAGAGAGAAAAUGACAAGGUAAAGUACGAAGUAACAGAGGAUGUGUAUACUUCCAGGAAGAAACAGCACCAGACGAUGAUGCAUUAUUUUUGUGCAUUAAAUACUCUUCAGUACAAGAAGAAAAUAGCUUUGUUAGAACCUCUCCUUGGAUACAUGCAGGCUCAGAUAAGUUUCUUUAAGAUGGGCUCUGAAAAUCUCAAUGGACAACUGGAAGAAUUUUUAGCUAAUAUUGGAACAAGUGUUCAGAAUGUACGAAGGGAAAUGGAUGGUGAUGUAGAGACCAUGCAACAAACAAUAGAAGACUUGGAGGUAGCCAGUGACCCUUUAUACGUGCCUGAUCCAGAUCCCACCAAGUUUCCUGUCAAUAGAAAUUUAACCCGAAAGGCUGGAUACCUAAAUGCUAGAAAUAAAACAGGCUUGGUGUCGUCUACCUGGGAUAGACAGUUUUACUUCACGCAGGGUGGAAACUUAAUGAGUCAAGCGCGUGGAGACGUGGCCGGAGGCCUGGCCAUGGACAUAGACAACUGCUCAGUGAUGGCUGUGGACUGUGAAGACAGGCGAUACUGUUUUCAGAUCACUUCUUUUGAUGGAAAAAAAUCUUCAAUUUUGCAAGCAGAGAGUAAAAAAGACCACGAAGAGUGGAUUUGUACAAUAAACAACAUAUCUAAACAAAUAUACUUGAGUGAAAAUCCAGAGGAAACUGCUGCACGAGUAAAUCAGUCUGUUCUUGAAGCUGUCACUCCUUCCCCAUCUUUCCAGCAGAGACACGAGAGCCUGCGUCCCGCAGGACCAUCUCGGCCACCCACAGCUCGGACCAGCAGUUCAGGAUCCUUGGGAUCAGAGUCUGCAAAUUUGGCUUCCCUCUCUCUAGAUUCUCUUGUUGCCCCAGAUACUCCAAUACAGUUUGAUAUAAUUUCUCCUGUGUGUGAAGAUCAGCCUGGCCAGGCAAAAGCCUUUGGCCAAGGAGGCAGACGUACAAAUCCAUUUGGAGAAUCCGGAGGAGGCACAAAGUCAGAAACUGAAGACUCUAUUCUUCAUCAGCUCUUCAUUGUCCGAUUCCUUGGUUCUAUGGAGGUAAAGUCAGAUGACCAUCCAGACGUUGUCUACGAAACAAUGCGCCAGAUCCUAGCUGCUCGGGCCAUCCACAACAUCUUCCGUAUGACAGAAUCACAUCUGUUAGUCACCUGUGACUGUUUGAAGUUAAUUGAUCCGCAGACCCAAGUUACAAGGCUCACAUUUCCAUUACCGUGUGUAGUUUUAUAUGCUACACACCAAGAAAAUAAACGACUUUUUGGAUUUGUUCUCCGGACAUCAGGCGGAAGAAGUGAAAGUAGUUUGUCAUCAGUCUGCUAUAUAUUUGAAUCAAACAACGAGGGGGAAAAGGUACCUGGCUUUCAGAAUGUUUGUUUUAUAAAAUACCUAUCAGAGUCACACGAUCGUAGAGCAUCAGAAAAGCAAAAAGAAAUAGAGAGAGUAAAAGAAAAACAACAGAAAGAGCUCAGCAAACAAAAACAGAUUGAGAAGGACUUGGAGGAGCAGAGUCGGUUGAUAGCGGCUUCCAGUAGACCAAACCAGACUGGUUGUGAGGGCCAGGUUGUUGUCCUUAGCAGUAGCCAAUCAGAAGAGAGUGAUUUGGGAGAAGAAGGGAAAAAAAGAGAAUCAGAAGCAUAAUUUUUUGCUUUUUGAUUGAUUUUCCCCUUCCCCUGGAAUGUGGCACAAGGUAACCAUGUUAAAAGAUCAAGGAGACUAAGCUUUAUAUUUGCUGUUUCAGCUUCACUUAAGAAAGACUAAGCAUGAUAACAAGUUAUAUUGAGCAUAUCCUUAAAAAAUAAAAUACUAUGCAUUAUCAUCAAA